AUGUCUUUACAGAGGUACAACCACUCUCUGAGGAGCUCCGCCUUGAGCUUAUCCCGAAUCGCCUCUUUGCUCGUGAAUGUCACUACAGCCUCGCAGAGGUCUCUAGCGCCACCCCGCUGCUUGCGAUGUGAGGCACGCCAUAACAGCACACACCGCUCUCUCUACACUGCUACAGAAUACACACCACAUCCGUUUGAGCCUACCCCACCGCCACCUCGCAAUACCAACAUACAUCAGACAUCAAUUGCAGGCACAAAGGCUGAGGUCCAUCAAGUCCGACCUUCUCGAACUAUCGAACAGAUUGAGAGGCUAUCAGAGUCUGGAGACAGAAGUAUAGCACCUGGUGCCACGAUACCCGAAACCGAGGCUCAGAAGUCGAGGCCACUCAUAGAAACCUCAACAGAAGCCACUAUGCCCAAAAAGCGUGUUUCAAAGCUGCGACCUAGAAAGGCUGCCAUGAACUUGACUCCGAAUGCCAUUCUACAAUUGCGGAAUCUUCUCGAUCAACCCGAGCCAAGGCUCAUAAGGGUGGGUGUUAAAAAUCGAGGCUGUUCUGGCUUGGCUUACAACUUGGAAUAUGUUGAAAAGCCCGGUGCUUUUGACGAAACGGUAGAACAAGAUGGUGUCAGAGUCUUGGUGGAUAGCAAAGCGCUAUUUAGUAUUAUUGGCAGUGAAAUGGAUUGGGUAGAAGACAAAUUGGAGCAACGAUUUGUAUUUCGAAACCCGAACAUAAAGGAACAAUGUGGCUGUGGCGAGAGUUUCAUGGUGGAGAACAGUAGCCUAGCAAUCGACUUUCAAUUAGAGUUCCCAAAACACAUCACUCGAGGUUGGGAGAGGACGCCAAAGUCGCCCCACGUUGCCCGUCACAAGGGCCGCAAGGUUUGGAAACGGCAAGACGUACGCGCCAACGUACCAUCGGAGUCGGAGGUUGAACAAGUUACAGACGAAGGUCGACAAGCCUUGGGCAACGUCUCUACGAAUACGCCUCGAGCAGUGAAGAAACAGCGAGUGCAGAAAGGUGGUAGUGGUCCUGAGAGGGGUAGAUCGGAAACUCUUCAGUUUCACGCCACUUUGAGGGAGACUGUCGUUGGGACACCAAAGAGAAAGCAGACUCGCGGACAGACUGUGAAGGCAUUAGUGCGAGAGGACGCAGGCCAAGCGGGUCGUAAUUUGAUAUCGCAGAAUCGUGCUGAGUAUCUCCAAGGAAACGAGAAAUUGCACGGUGGAGCCUUGGUCGGUCCAUUCCUCGAAACAAUCGACAAAACGCCCAAAUCAGCGACAAAUGCAGUUGAGCGAGAAGUAUUAAAGCCAAACGAGACUCUACUGUUAAAUGAUAUGACAUAUUUUCCCAAAGAAUCCUUAUUCGAAGUGAUUGACGGUCAUCCUGAUACGGAGCGUGAUUCUCGAAUGCAAGCAGCAGACAGUAGCGAUGAUACGGACCGAACGGAAAUAGCCUGUCAGGAUUCUUCAUCGUUUGGGAAGGAUAUGAACCACGCGCAAUCGGAGCAUCAGUUCGACAUCUGCGAGAAAGUCUACGUCGAAGAGCAAGCCCAAGUAAGAGGUCAAACCCACAAAAGAGAAAAAAGUCCACAGAAGAAGCAGCUUAAAAAGCGAGAUACUUUGCAGGAGAGGGAAAUUUUACAAAAAUUCAGCGAUGAGGCUCAGGAAAGUAAAGAUCGACAGAUCCCCAAGAGUAACGAAGCCUCAAUCAGCGCAACUACAUUAGGCCCCUCAGAGGUGGAAGACAAUGACUCUCCAAUCACGCCUCCGAACGUGUUGCCAUCGCCUUCGGAAAUCAACAAAUCCGAGCAAAGCACGAAGCCAUUGAUGUCGGCCGAUGAGGAUGGCUAUUGCACGGAUAUGUCUAUUGAGGACUCUAAAGGCCCGAUGUUGCCAUCUGAAGUCUUGGUCUUGGAUGUCGGCAACGCGGACAAUAUAGAUAACGCCCUCGUUGAGGCCCAGACAAAAGAAGCGCAAUUAGCUUUUGAGAAGCCUGCUACUGAUGCCGAGCUGCCUGUUCCAAAAACUCGACCUGCCGCCAGAUUCAGUGAUGAUACCUCCAUGUUAAAGGAUUUUCUCAAUCGCGCGCAAGCCAAAAAAGCUGCUACCGCUAUUGGUCCCGUUCCCAAACUACCAAAAUCAUUCCAGGAAUCCCCAAGACGAUCACCUCGCAAGGUAACAGGAUCUCGAGGCGAUGCUCCAAUUUGUUCGGAGGAGCCCCAAGAUGCUACACCAAAGAGGCAUAUGAAAAAGAAACCUGCGACCCCGCCUAACGAAGCAGUCGCACACGCCACGCUGCACCGCCAAAACCCCUCUCCUGGUGUACCAAGCUUCAUACCGGUCCGAAGAGCGGAGGGCACAGACCCAGUCAUCCUCCAGAAAACCCAGGCCCAAGAGCUUGCCAUUGCUACGCGAACGAAUACCAGACGCAACAAAGGGCCUGCGAAACCACCUCAGCAGGCUCUCCGGGACAUAGCUGUGGACGCGACCGAGAUAGUCGAGCGUGCAAAGCCAGGGCCAGUCGGCGGCAAAGUAGUGGCCUGGGCGGAGAGCCUGGCGUCCUAUCAAGGCUCUCAGGGGCUUGCAGACGAGCCGGAAGAGCCGCUGCCCAAAGUAAAGAGAGUCAAAGGGCUCGGCGCGGCCAAUGGCACACCUCGAGCUAAGAAAGCAGGGGCAGCUGGCCCUCCCCCGAAUGGCACGCCUGCGCCUAAAAGGCGAGGAAAGGCUCGCACGUGA